UCGCACGCGUACACCAUCCGCGUUAUUGGCAACCCUAUCACGUUCUGCUGUUUUUCUGUUAUUUAAUUCACGAUUUAGCUUAAGGACUUUAUUCACUACCGUUAAGCACUACAUAAAAUGCUUAAGCAUCUUGCACGUUGGCGGCUGGGCAGUCAACUGGUGAAGGGAAGUGCAACACCAGUAAGACAAGCAUCCAAAUCAAAUAGCGAUGGAAACUUAUUAGCCGGCUCGGAGGAAUCCGAAAAGAAAUUUGUUAAUCCGUUUUCCCAGCCUUCACCAGUGUUUAGUAAUGAUACGAUAUCGGAAACGAAAGAGAACCGGGAUAAGCGUCUAAAGGUCCUGCAGCUGGAGGCGGACAUUGCUCAUCAAGAGGGACGCCGUGUGCCGGCAAUUGAAUUCUUUCAGGAUCACCAUUGGGAGCACGUGCUGACCCUGCCCACGAAAUCGGCUCGGAUUAAGUACUUUGCCUACCUCUGGCAGAUCGCGAUGAAGAAAGAGUCGGAACAGCGUAAAAAGGCUCUGCGAGCGGAGGGCGCCGAACGGCGAAUAGAAGAAAUGCGGAAGGAGCGCGAGGAGAACACACACAUCAUAUACGGCCUGGGUCAUACGUCUCUGUUCCUGCGUAUCUAUGACACCACAAUUAAUCACUGGCAGAACAACCGGCUUACACGUGCCAUGCAGUUCGCUCCCAAGAUUGUGUUAGAUUGCUCCUACGAUGAGCAUAUGAACAACCGGGAGGCUUCCUAUGCAGCCAAACAGCUUAUGCUGUGCUUCGCAGAGAAUCGUCUAAAUGACGAACCCUUUGACCUCCACUACUGCAACGCCCAGAUGGACAGUAGAACCAUGCAGAGCCUCCAGCGCUACAUCCCUACAAUGCUGAACCCAGAGUUCCCGAUGAAUGUCCAUCCCCAGUGCUUUACGGAGCUGUUUCCCAAGAAAAAUCUGGUUUACUUAACGCCCCACUGCCGGGAGGAUCUCGUAACAUAUAAUCCAGAUGACAUCUACGUAGUGGGUGCCAUGGUAGACACCAUGAACAAUGAACCUUUGUCGCUGGCCAAAGCUAAGCGAUUGGGUCUGCGAAUGGCGAAACUUCCCCUGGAUCGCUACUUGCAGUGGGGAUCCGGUUCGGGAAAAUCACUAACUCUCAACCAAAUGAUUAACAUAAUGUUGGACCUGAAGAAAACUGGUGAUUGGAAUGCGGCCCUGAAGCAUGUACCACGGCGAAAGGUUGUCGAAAAUGAAUUUCAGCACCGCAGGGAGAAAGAUCGGUGGGGUACCGGCACGCGGGCGAACAAGCUUAAUAUGCGAAUUGAUCAUCUGUUGGACUAUGAGGACAAUCGUCGAAAGGCUACUUCAUUUGCAACACCCCAAAAAAUAAGACAGCGGAGGGAGGGCAUGGAGUUUAAACUGGACACUUGGGCCACGGGGAAACAAAAGAAGAAGCUUAAACAAAAUUAAAGUUACCUGUUGUAUUCACUAAA